UCGGAGGAAGCCCCCACUCCGUCCCCGUCCCCCUCCCCGUCCCCGUCCCCGUCCUCGUCCCGGUCCCCAUCCCCUUCCCCACCCCCUGGAGCCCCCCCUUCAUGGGCCGCCAUCAUGGCGGCUCUGUACCAGAGCUCGGACCUCUCGGGCUCUUCGGCGUCCUCCUCCCCGACCAGGCUCCUGGCGCUGAAGGAUGUACGGGAGGUGAAGGAGGACACCACGUUGGACGAGAAACUCUUCCUGCUGGCCUGCGACAAGGGUGACUAUUAUAUGGUUAAAAAGCUCUUGGAAGAAAACAGUGCAGGUGACAUGAACAUAAAUUGCGUGGAUGUGCUUGGGAGGAAUGCCGUUACUAUAACUAUUGAAAAUGAAAACUUGGAUAUUCUACAGCUUCUUUUGGACUACGGUUGUCAGUCCACAGAUGCACUUUUGGUGGCUAUCGACUCUGAAGUAGUGGGAGCUGUUGAUAUACUACUUAAUCAUCGACCAAAACGAUCAUCAAGACCAACUAUAGUAAAACUAAUGGAGCGAAUUCAGAACCCUGAGUAUUCAACAACUAUGGAUGUUGCUCCAGUCAUUUUAGCUGCUCAUCGCAACAACUAUGAAAUUCUUACAAUGCUUUUAAAACAGGAUGUAUCUCUACCCAAACCUCAUGCAGUGGGUUGUGAAUGUACACUGUGCUCUGCAAAAAACAAGAAGGACAGUCUAAGACAUUCCAGGUUUCGACUUGAUAUCUAUCGUUGCUUAGCCAGUCCAGCUCUAAUCAUGUUAACUGAAGAAGAUCCAAUUCUAAGAGCAUUUGAGCUUAGUGCAGACUUAAAAGAGCUCAGUCUUGUAGAGGUGGAAUUCAGGAAUGAUUAUGAAGAACUAGCUCAGCAGUGUAAAAUGUUUGCCAAAGAUUUGCUUGCACAGGCACGGAAUUCACGUGAGCUGGAAGUCAUCCUAAACCAUACAUCUAGUGAUGAACCUUUGGAUAAACGGGGAUUGCUGGAAGAAAGAAUGAAUUUAAGCCGUCUAAAACUUGCUAUUAAAUAUAACCAAAAGGAGUUUGUCUCUCAAUCUAACUGUCAGCAGUUCCUCAAUACAGUUUGGUUUGGACAGAUGGCAGGUUACCGGCGUAAACACACCUGUAAGAAGAUAUUGACAGUUCUGACAGUCGGCAUCUUUUGGCCAGUUCUAUCACUCUGUUAUUUGAUAGCUCCCAAAUCUCAAGUUGGUCGAAUAAUCCACACUCCUUUUAUGAAGUUUAUUAUUCACGGAGCUUCAUAUUUUACAUUCUUGUUGUUGCUUAACUUAUACUCUUUGGUCUACAAUGAGGAUAAGAAAAAUACCAUGGGGCCAGCCCUUGAAAGGAUAGACUAUCUUCUUAUUAUAUGGCUUAUUGGAAUGGUGUGGUCAGAUGUUAAAAGACUCUGGUAUGAUGGAUUGGAAGACUUUUUAGAAGAAUCUCGUAAUCAACUCAGUUUUGUCAUGAAUUCCCUUUAUUUGGCAACCUUUGCCCUCAAAGUUGUUGCUCAUAACAAGUUUCAUGAUUCAGCUGACCGAAAGGAUUGGGACGCAUUUCAUCCUACAUUAGUAGCAGAAGGUCUUUUUGCCUUUGCUAAUGUUCUGAGUUACCUCCGCCUCUUUUUUAUGUAUACCACAAGCUCCAUCUUGGGACCAUUACAGAUUUCAAUGGGACAAAUGUUGCAAGACUUUGGAAAAUUUCUUGGGAUGUUCCUUCUUGUCUUGUUUUCCUUCACAAUUGGACUGACUCAACUAUAUGACAAAGGCUAUAUAGGUCCUCAAGAACCGAAGGACUGUGCAGGAAUCUUCUGUGAACAGCAAAGCAAUGACACAUUCCAUUCGUUCAUUGGCACUUGCUUUGCUUUGUUCUGGUAUAUUUUUUCUUUAGCACAUGUAGCAAUCUUUGUUACAAGAUUUAGCUACGGUGAAGAAUUGCAGUCUUUUGUUGGAGCUGUUAUUGUUGGUACUUACAAUGUUGUGGUUGUUAUCGUUCUUACCAAAUUGUUAGUGGCCAUGCUUCACAAAAGCUUUCAGUUGAUAGCAAAUCAUGAGGACAAAGAAUGGAAAUUUGCCCGUGCUAAGUUGUGGCUUAGCUACUUUGAUGACAAAUGUACACUACCUCCACCUUUCAAUAUCAUUCCUUCUCCCAAAACCAUUUGCUAUCUACUAAGUAGCCUUAGUAAGUGGAUUUGCUCUCAUACAUCAAAGGGCAAGGUCAAACGGCAAAACAGUUUAAAGGAAUGGAGAAACCUGAAACAAAAAAGAGAUGAAAACUACCAAAAAGUGAUGUGUUGCUUAGUCCACCGUUACUUAACAUCCAUGAGACAGAAGAUGCAAAGCACAGAUCAAGCAACUGUAGAAAAUCUCAAUGAACUUCGCCAAGAUCUAUCAAAAUUCCGAAAUGAAAUAAGGGACUUACUUGGCUUUCGGACUUCUAAAUAUGCAAUGUUUUACCCAAGAAAUUAA